UCUUCUCUACUUUUCAGAAUCCUAUUAUCCGGUCGCUUGAAGAUAAAGCAACUUGUUUCUCUCUUCCUAUACGCAAUAAUUCUGUCAUCUUUUUUCUAAUUUAAGUUUCUGAAUUUUCUUCUCUUUGGAGAAACAGGCGAAAAAAAGGAGUUUUGUUAUUAAAAAAGAGAGGAUAAUUAUCAGUCAAAAUCCUCUCAGAACAUUAUCCAUUUGCCUCGUUUUCUGUAAUUUCCAUUCUCAUAUUAUAUUUUCCUCUGCAAUUAAUUUUCUCCAAUUUCCUUUAGAGAAAAAAAGGAAAGAAAGAAAGAAAACAAGAUGAUGAGAAGGCAACAGGAUCAACAAUCUAAGGUUUUCUACGAGCUCUCUUCGUUGAUUUUAAAUAUUAUAAGGUCACCACCGGGGCCGAUUGAGUUUCCCGAUGAUUCUUUGACGGUGUCUCCGUCGACUUCAGGUAGGAGGACGGCGGUGGCAGGAUCGAUGCAGCAUAUUACUCCGGCGGGAUUUGCGUCUCUGCUUUUGGGGAUUUCAUUUGCUUUGAUGCUAUGUGGAUCUGUGACUUUCUUUAUUGGAUUCUUAAUGAUGCCUUGGGUGCUCGGUUUGGUCAUGGUCUUUUACGUGGCUGGGAUAGUCUACAGUUUGUCUAUGAUUGGACGAGCUAUUUUCUGCCAUAUAUCUUCUCCGCCGUCACCGAGAAAAGAUUUUCAGCCCUGGAAACUUUUCUGAAACAAUUUUAACACUUGAAAAGGGACAUUACAAGGCUGAGAUGCAGCUUCCUGCAGUUUUUAAAGAAUGGAUGCAGGAGUGUUGAUAUUAAUCGCUUGACUAUAUUGCAUGCUGCUCUUUCCCGGUGGAGCAGGGAACAACUUCAAAUAUUUUUAGUCAUUACUUACAGAGCAGGAAGCUCAAAAUUUCUGUGCUUCAUGUUUUUUCAUCUCAGAUUCUCAGCGCGCUGUUUUAUGCCCCUCUUGUUCCAUUAGAGAUGUAAAAAUGGUCGUGUUUUUUUCUUUUCCCUUUUUACCCUUCAAGUAACUUUGCUGGAAGUGAAGUACGGUUCAGACUUGAUUAACAUUCUACUUGUGAAUAUUUCCUUGAUAUAUGAACACGUUACACGUCACUGGGAAAAUAUAGCGAAUAACAUUGCCCUGACCCAGGAGAAUCUUAUGUUUA